CAUCAUUGUACUUUGUAUGUUACAGCAGCAGCAUGAGGCCCUGAUAAGGAAGUCAGUGCAGGAGGAACUGCUAGCAGCCAGCAUGGAACUCAGCACUGCUCUGAUACUGGGACUCAUCCUCCUGGUAAUUCUAUGGAGGAAACUGUCUCGGCCAAAGGGUUUCCCUCCUGGUCCCCCAGCCCUGCCCGUAGUGGGCAACCUUCUGCAGAUGGACUUCUCCAAUCCCCUGAAGAAAAUAAGGGAGUUCUCUGAGGUGUAUGGUCCAGUGUACAGCAUCUACCUGGGAUUCACACCGGCUGUGGUGAUCCGGGGACUCAAAGGACUAAAAGAAGUUCUGGUGAAUAAAGGAGUUGACUUUGCAGACAGACCUCAGAACAGAUUAUCACAAGCCAUCUCCGGUACCAGAGGGCUCAUAAUUGCUCCUUACGGCCAAGCAUGGAAGGAGCACAGGCGCUUCACCCUGUCCACGCUCCGCAAUUUUGGGCUGGGGAAAAGGUCUAUGGAGGAGAGAAUCUGUGAGGAGAGCACACACAUGAUUCAGGAGUUCAUGAAGAACUCAGAUGCACCAAUAGAUCCACACUUUGUCACUGACAACGCUGUGUCCAACAUCAUAUGCUCCAUUGUGUUUGGGAAACGCUACGACUACGAUGACUCAUCGUUCCGAGAGAUUCUCAAUCUUCUCCAUGAAAAUAUGAAGAUGGCAAGUAGUUUCUGGGCUCAGCUGUACAAUGCAUUUGGAUUUGUCAGAUAUCUUCCUUUGCCGCACCAGAGGAUUUUCAGAAACGUAGACGUGAUUUUUGGAUUCCUCAGAAGAGUUUUAGAGGAGCACAAGAGAAGCAGGGUACCAGGAGAGCCCGGAGACUACAUAGACUGCUACCUCGAAGAGCUGGAUAAGGAGCAGGAGGACAGUAACAAGUCAACCUUCAGCGAUGAGAAUCUCUUCACAUGUGUGGGUGACUUAUUUCUUGCCGGGACGGAGACCACAUCGGCCAGUCUGGAGUGGUGCUUCCUUUACAUGAUGAUGUAUCCAGACAUUCAAGAUAAGUGUCGGGAGGAAAUAAAUAAGAUUCGGGGGGACAGAGAACAUCUAGACUAUGAGGACAGAGUGAGGAUGCCGUAUACACAGGCUGUGCUGCAGGAAGUCCAACGCUUUGCCUCUGUUGUGCCACUGGGUGUCGCUCACUCAUCCGUAAAGGACGUGCAGCUGAACGGCUAUACCAUCCCAAAGGGGACAUUCAUUUUAACAGACCUGACCUCAGUGCACUAUGACGAGAGCCAAUGGAAGUAUCCGCAUGAGUUUAAUCCAGAGAAUUUCCUGACCAAGGAGGGAGAGCUGGAGAAAGUUGACUCCUUCCUGCCCUUCUCUGCAGGACCACGAAGCUGUCUCGGGGAGAACCUCGCACGCAUGGAGAUCUUUCUCUUCUUCACUAAUGUGCUGACACAUUUUAAGCUCUGUUGGCCGGACCCCAAGUCACCUCCAGACAGCACCCCGGUGUUUGGAAUCUCCCACACUCCUAAACGUUAUCAGAUGAGGCUGGUGGCCCUCACAUAGAACUGAGAAGAAUGGAAACGGACUUCAAGAACCUUCUCAGCACUGAUAUGAUAGGGGAACAUGUAGUCAGCACUGAUAUGAUAGGGGAACAUGUACAAGAAAUUAUAAUUAUUGGUUCUUAUUAAUAAAUAGUCCCUAAUAUAUGGAUGGAUGCUACUCUG